CCAAAGACAGUAUCAAAUGCUUCUGAGUAGUCAAUGAAGCAUGGUCAAUGGGUGACUGUACUUACUGCAUUUUUAAGUGAUGCGACGGAUGACUGUCUCCUUCCUCCCUCUCAAUGGAGUUCUGUGAGGAUUCCAUAUAACAUACUAAACACCAUGGGGAGGUACCGGAUAACCUGCUGGAUAGUCAUCCUUUUUGUUGUGAUGUGGAGCAACGUUUCCCUUUCCAAAAGAGGAAAGGGUAAAGGUAGAGGCAGUGGGAACACAGGAAGCAACCGCUAUCCCAGCAACCCUGGCUACCCCCAAAACCCUGGCUAUCCCCAAAACCCUGGCUACCCCAGAAACCCUGGCUACCCCCAUAAUCCUGGUUACCCACCCAAUCCCGCCUACCCGCCAAAUCCCGCCUACCCCCCAAAUCCCGGCUAUCCCAGGAACCCUAGCUACCCCCACUAUCCCAGCUACCCUGCUGGUGGUGGGCAGCACUACAACCCAGCUGGUGGCGGAACAAACUUCAAAAACCAGAAGCCCUGGAAGCCUGAUAAACCCAAAACCAACAUGAAAGCCGUGGCAGGAGCAGCAGUGGCAGGCGCUGUGGUGGGUGGCCUAGGUGGCUACGCCCUGGGAAGUGCAAUGUCAGGAAUGCGCAUUAAUUUUGACCAUCCUGACGAGCGCCGGUGGUGGGACGAAAACUCCAAUCGCUAUCCCAACAGAGUGUACUACAAGGAAUACAAUGACCGCUCCGUUCCAGAGGGAAGGUUUGUGUGGGAUUGUGUGAAUAUCACAGUGACCCAAUACAACAUUGAUCCCAAUGAAAAUCAAAAUGUGACCCAGGUAGAAGCCAGAGUCAUGAAGCAUGUGAUACACGAGAUGUGCCUGGAGCAAUAUCAGCAAUACCGGCUGGCCUCUGGUGUCAAACUACUCUCUGACCCCUCGCUCAUGCUGAUUAUCAUGCUUGUCUUUUUUUUUGUAAUACAUUAAGCAAGCAGUCUCAACCUGAACUGUGCUGCUGAUCUGUGCAAACAUUCAGAGGGAAUAAUGUAUAUAAAACAG